GUCACGUGCGCGCCCGUCCCGAGGGCGGCGACCGGCACCGGCGGAAAGUUGCGGCCGGGACCGGGCCGAGCUGCGCCCCGAGCGCCUCCAGGAGGGGGUCAGCGCUGUCCACAGGUGGGAGCAUGGCGGAGAAAUCGGACUCGCGGGACUCGGACAGCAGCUGGGUGCUGGCGGGCACCGAGGGGCUGCCCGUGGACACGGUGGGCCCGGAGCAGGAUCCGGCCUCCCGCGAGGCCGAGGAUGAAGAGGCAGAGGAGGAGAGCGCCCAGGACACGGCCACGGCCGGUGACGGUGGCAGCGGAGCCGCCUUCCCGGGCCAAACGCCGUGCCCUGAGAUUGGGGACUCGGAGGAGCGGCCGGAGCCCAGUGCCCAGGCGGUGCCCACCGCGGCCGGCCCCACAGAGCCCAGCGCAACGCAGAGCUGGGAGCAGGAGGAGCCCGACACCACGGCGGAGCGGGGGCCCUGCCCGGACACCCCCAGAGCAGGGCCACCAGCGGAGGAGGGGAGCUGCACCAGCAGUGACGACGAAGCGGAGGGGCUGCGGAGGCAGCAGGUCCCCGAGCCCCGUGCCGGGCCCCCCCCUUCAGGGCCUGCCCUGCGCCCGGGGACACAGGACAGCGGUGACGAGGACGGGCUCAGCACCAGCAAGUACCUGCUGGGCGCGCUGGCGCUGGCGGCCGUGGCGCUGCUGCUCGUCUCCGGGGGCUUCUACGACCCGGCAGACGGCCCCGUGGACAGCGUGGUGAGCCGUGACGUGGCCGACACGGAGCAGGAGGCGCCGGUGCCUGCGGACGGGAGCGAUUUGGUGCAGCAGCCCCCGCCGCCGGCCGCUGCGGACCCCCAGAGCAUGCAGUCCGUCAGCCUCCUCCUGGACAAGCUGGCCAAGGAGAACCAGGACAUCCGGCUCAUGCAGGCUGAGCUGCAGGCCCACAAGGAAGAGCUGCAGGCCCUGCUGCAGAAGAGUGAGGGUGCAGCGGCGGCGGCCGGGGCGCAGCAGCAGAGCCUGGCUGCAGAGAACGAGCAGCUCCGCGCGGCGCUGCAGCGGGAAACCGAGGCGCUCCGAGCAGCCCGGGCCGAGCUGCAGCGCCUGCAGGCUGCGGGGGUCCCGGGCAGCCCCCGGCCCCAUGAAGCCGAGGCCGGGAGGCCGGCAGCAGAGCAGCCCCACGGCCCGGGGGGGCACAGCCCGCAGGGAGGACACGGCAAGGCGGGAGGGGACCGGGCCCGCGAAUUGCUGGCUUCGGUGCGGCAGGAGCUGGCAGCCGCCCUGGAGAGAGCGCGGGGCUCGGGGGGGCUCGAGCGGCUCCCGGAGCAGCUGAGUGCCCUGGAGGAGCGCCUGGGCCGCGAGCUGGAGGCAGAGGGGGCCCAGCCCUUCCCUGGGCCCUGGAAGAAGCCGUUCAAAGCAGACAAGAAGGAGAGCCGGCGGCACAAGCGGCACGGUGCCAGAGAGGGCCCCCACGAGCGGGGGGGCUGGGAGAGGAAGGAGCAGGGCAAACCCCACGGGCACGGGAAGGAGCCCCGGCCCCCGCGGGAGCACAAGCCGGGCAAAGCCAGGGGGAAACCAUCCCCGCCCCCCCCCCGGCACGGCCCCCGCGAGCUGCCCCCACUGAGCCAUUACCGGGCGCCCCAGGGCUGCACCGGGGUGGCCGACUGCGCCCGCAAGGAGGGCCGGGAAGUGCUGGGCGCCGCGCUGGAGCCCGUGCAGAAGACGCAGUUCCUGCAGCUGCUGGAGGGCUUCAUGGGGCGGCUGGGCUGGGGGGGGCACUUUGGGGGGCUGGCGGCACGGCUGGACGGCGCCUUUGGAGCCGACGGCACCUUCGCUCACGACCGCCUGCGCUUCGUGGACUUCGUGGACGACGUGGAGGAGAUGCUGGAGGAGCUGGCGCGGAGCGAGGGGGGCGACGAGGAGGCGGCCGACGGCUUCGAGGACUACGUGCUGCGGCACUACGCCGGGGACAGCGGCGGCUCCACCGGGAAGGAGCGGGGCCGGAAAGCCUGGCGGCAGCACGGGGAGGGCAGAUAGAGCCGUGGUGCGCAGGGGGGCGCCCCGCUGCCAGCCUUCGUCCAGAGCAACAGCCCCGUGCCCGCCCGGGGGGGGUCCCCUGGGCCGUGGUUGGGGUCUGGGGGCUGCCUCGUGCCCCGUGGGGACCGCGGGCCCCCGAGUUGCUGCACUGUGUG